UUUUUUUUUUUUUUUUUUUCUUCUGUGCCCACUCAGAUUCUCCACAUUCUGUUGCCCACGCACCUUAUACCUCCACUUCACGCCCAACUGAUUCUCUCGUAGAAUCAACUUCCCUUCCCCUCCCCCUCUUCCCCUUCUUCCCACUUCUUCUUCCGUUCACACUCCUCUCCUUUCCUUCUCACGCCAUGUCGAGUGAGAAGCAAACGUCGAUCCACAUGGAUGAUGAAAAGGCCCAGUUUGAGGACCAGCAUCAGAGCCACCCUAUCCAUGGUUUAGACCACGAGGACGAUGAUACCUUCUCGCAGCGCUCAUACCAUGGUCGAUUCGGCUUCUACUACCGCCAUAAGUCGCUGUUGAACCACCUCCUCACCUUCUUGAUCUGCACCGGUCUCUUCAUCCCCGCUGUCAUCAUCCACAAGUCCGGUAACGUCCUCGUGCUCUCGUUGCUGUAUGCUGCCAUUGUCUGGUGGUUGGCCCUUCAGCAUCUGCCCGUGGGCUCCGUCUCGGGCCCAAUUGCCUUUGUCUGGAACGGAGGCGCUAGGGCCUUGAACAUGCUGCCGAGUAUUGCGGUUAAGGUCAUUGGGUAUGGUGUCCCGCCUCUGGCCUUGAUCCUCACUGCUGCCCUGAGAGCCGAUGAUAUCCAUGGUACCCGUGGCCAGCGCUUGAUCUCCUGCUUGGGUCUCGUCGUCCUCUUGCUGAUCACCAUUGCUUGCUCCAAGAACCAUAAAGCUAUCUCCUGGAAGAUCGUCUGGACCGGUAUCUUCAUGCAGUACAUCCUCGGUCUCCUCAUUAUCCGCUGGUCCGUCGGCUACGAUGUCUUCCAAUUCAUUGCCCAGCAGGCAGAGAACUUCCUCAGCUACGCCUCCCAGGGUCGCGAGUUUAUCUUUGGCCCCAAUUCCGUCAACUAUCACGGCGAGGACGUCGCCUUCGCAAGCUCCUUUGCGGUCUCGGUCCUGCCCGCCAUUAUCCUGUUCGCGGCCGUCAUCCAGUGCCUGUACUAUUACAACAUUGUCCAGUCUGUCGUCGCUAGCAUGGCCUCGCUCGUCAUUCAUAUCAUCGAUAUCUCCGGUGUUGAGUGUGUUGCUGCCUGCGCUGCACCCUUCGUCGGCAUGUCCGAGGCCUCGAUGUUGGUCGGUCCUUUCGUCUCUGAGAUGACCGACGCAGAGUUGCACCAGGUCUUGACCUCUGGUUUUGCGACCAUCUCUGGUUCCGUCUUCUUGGGUCUUCUGUCCUUCGGUGCUGAUGCUACUGCCUUGUUGACCUGCUGUAUGAUGUCCGUCCCCUGCGCUAUCGUCAUCUCGAAGAUCCGUUUCCCAGAGGAGGAGGUCCCUCUGACCAAGGGAACUGCUGUCGCACCCGCCUACAAGGACCGUGAGUCGAACGCGAUCCACGCGGUCUCGAACGGAGCCAUCUUUGGUAUCAAGCUGUGCAUUGUCAUCAUCGCUGUGCUCUUGGCCGUUAUCUCGCUCCUGGGUCUUGCCAACGGCUUCCUCGGCUGGAUCUUUGAUUUCUAUGGUGUCGAUAUCUCGAUUGAGAAGAUCGCAUCCUGGGUGUUGUACCCCCUGGCGUGGUUGAUCGGUAUUCCUAGCAGUGACCUGACGCCAGCAGCCGAGGCGAUGGGUAUCAAGUUUAUUUUGAACGAGUUUGCGGCGUUUGGGCAGUUCACGAAGAUCCAGGACACAUUGAACCCACGCACGGCCUUGUUGACGACGUAUGCGAUGGCAUCGUUCGCGAACGUUGGAUCGAUCGGUACCCAGAUCUCGUUGUUCUUGACGUUGGCACCCGAUCGUGCGGAGGCGAUUGCCAAGCUGUCGUUUUCGGCUUGUUUAUCGGGUGCGGUCUCGACCCUGAUCUCGGCCUGUAUUGCUGGCAUUGUUUCGUAAAAGAGAAGGGGUAGAAGCUGCUUAGGCCUAUUUAUUUAUUUAUAUAUUAUUUUUUUGUCUAUGUAUGUAUCCAUAUUCUUACCUCUCGCAUGGUACCGCCAAACAGUCAUCGUUUGUCGUCGUCGUCAUCGUCGCCACACACUCACACCCUAAUAAAAAGAAAAAACUACCAGAUAUAUAUAUACCAAAAUAUACUCUUUUUUCAUUGUGUGUUAUCUAUUA